CCCCUAAAAAAAAAAAAAGUUUCUAUCGGAUAAACUGGAUUAUUAUUCCCAUCCCGGGCUUCCCGGCAAUUCAGCAGAAUCACUUCACUUCUUCAACUAUAACUAAUCUCCUAAAGCCCUAAUUUCAGAAAGUAUAUCUUUCUCACUAUCUCAACUUCUCAACCAUCAAAUUCCAGUUUAACUCUCAUGUCAUUCUCCUCAAUUCCAUCCCCAAUUACCAAUCCAAAUCCCUAAUUAUUAACAAUUCAUCUUCAAUUGAUAUUAGUUCAUUUCAAUUUCAAACACAAUAAUGGCGACCCCAAAACCACAACGAUCGCCAGCACAAAUCGAAGACAUAAUUCUCCGAAAGAUUUUCCUCGUAUCUCUCGUUGAUUCGACGGAAUCCGAUUCUCGCGUAGUUUAUCUCGAAUUAACAGCUGCUGAAAUUCUCAGCGAAGGUAGGGAAUUGCUGCUUUCUAGGGAUUUGAUGGAAAGGGUUUUAAUUGAUCGGCUUUCGAAUCAGUUCCCCAAUUCCGAGGCACCGUUUUCUUAUCUAGUAGGUUGUUUUCGACGUGCUUAUGAUGAAGGGAAGAAGAUUAUGAACAUGAAAGAUAAGAAUUUAAGGUCUGAAAUGGAGUUGGUUGUUAAGCAAUCGAAGAAAUUGGCGGUUUCGUAUUGCCGGAUUCAUUUAGGUAAUCCUGAUAUGUUUCCUGGUGUGGAUGCUACUGAUGUUAAUGUCGGUGUUAAUCCAUUGGGGAAGAAGCCGUCACCGUUGUUGUCGUUGAUUUAUUCUGAGGUUGGAGGCGCGGUUAUUGAUAGCUAUGGAGGGGGUGGAAGUAGUAGUAGUGGGUUAACAAGCCCACCUGGGUUCUUGGAUGAAUUCUUUGGGGAGGGAGAUUUCGAUAGUUUGGACCCGGUUUUUAAGUUUUUGUAUGAUAAUUUAAGGGAGAAAGUGGUGAGGGAAUCAGCAUUGGGGAAUUUUCAGCAGCCAUUGAGGGCUUUGUUGUAUCUGGUUAAUUUCCCAGCUGGGGCAAAGUCUUUAGUUACUCAUAAAUGGUGGAUGCCACCAGGUUCGUUUCUGAAUGGUCGCGCUAUGGAGGUUGCUAGCAUUUUGGGUCCCUUCUUUCAUAUCAGUGCAUUGCCUGAUACUGCCCUUUUCAAGAGCCAACCUGAUGUUGGUCAGCAGUGUUUCUCUGAAGCAUCAACCCGUCGUCCAGCUGAUCUACUAUCAUCAUUCACUACCAUAAAGACCGUGAUGAAUGGCUUAUAUGAUGGUUUACACGAGGUUUUACUUUGUCUUCUGAAAAAAUCAGAUACUCGAGAAAGUGUUCUAGAGUUUCUAGCAGCUGUGAUCAAUAACAAUUCCUCAAGGGCGCAUUUGCAGAUUGAUCCAUUGACGUGUGCAAGCUCUGGCAUGUUUGUUAAUCUUAGCGCUGUUAUGCUUAGGCUUUGUGAGCCAUUUUUAGAUGCUAAGCUCAGUAAACGAGAUAAAAUCGAUCCUAGCUACGUAUUUUACAGUAACCGUUUGGAUUUAAGAGCACUAACAGCUCUCCAUGCAUCGUCAGAGGAAGUUUCUGAAUAUAUUUCUGAGCUUAAUAAUGGAAGAUUAGAUGGUUCUACUGAUAAUAACGUUCCAGAUAACCGCUUGUUGACAUCUUUGGAAGCCACUGGUUCUGGCAAUAAUUCUGGUGGACCUUCUGUUCAGAGUGUUCAGAAUGUUAGAUAUCCUUUCAUUUGUGAAUGCUUCUUUAUGACGGCAAGGGUUCUUAACUUGGGUGUACUAAAAGCAUUUUCUGAUUUCAAGCAUCUAGUUCAGGAUAUUUCGAGGUCUGAAGAUUCCCUGGCUACCUUAAAGGCGAUGCUCGAGCAAGCUCCUACGCGUCAGUUGGAGCUGGAUAUAGCUCGUCUUGAAAAGGAGAUUGAAUCAUUUUCACAGGAGAAGUUGUGUUAUGAAGCACAAAUUCUUAGGGAUGGGGGACUGAUUCAACAAGCUUUAUCAUUUUGCCGGUUAAUGGUUGUAUGGUUGGUUGGCCUAGUUGGUGGUUUUAAACUGCCCCUUCGAUUACCUUGUCCUAUGGCGUUUGCUUGUAUGCCAGAACAUUUUGUGGAGGAUGCAAUGGAGUUGCUGAUAUUUGCAUCUCGGAUCCCAAAAGCUUUGGAUGGUGUCGAAUUGGAUGAUUUCAUGAAUUUCAUCAUCAUGUUUAUGGCGAGCCCUGAAUAUGUUAGAAAUCCUUAUCUAAGAGCCAAAAUGGUCGAAGUGCUGAAUUGUUGGAUGCCUCGAAGGAGUGGCUCUUCUGCAACAGCUAGUCUAUUUGAAGGACAUCAAUUGUCUCUGCAAUAUCUUGUCAAGAAUCUUUUAAAGCUGUAUGUAGACAUUGAAUUCACGGGUUCUCACACACAGUUCUAUGAUAAAUUCAAUAUCCGUCACAAUAUUGCAGAGCUUCUGGAAUACCUUUGGCAGGUUCCUAGUCACCGUAAUGUUUGGAGACAGAUUGCAAAGGAGGAAGAAAAGGGUGUCUACCUUAAUUUCUUAAAUUUCCUGAUUAAUGAUAGCAUCUACCUCCUCGACGAGAGUCUUAAUAAAAUCCUUGAACUCAAAGCAUUGGAAGCUGAGAUGUCCAAUACUGUUGAAUGGGAACAAAGGCCUGCUCAAGAGAGGCAGGAGAGAACUCGGCUUUUCCAUUCCCAAGAGAAUAUAAUAAGAAUUGAUAUGAAACUGGCAAAUGAAGAUGUUAGUCUGCUGGCUUUUACUUCAGAGCAGAUCACAUCGCCUUUCCUUCUUCCGGAGAUGGUUGAAAGAGUCGCUAGCAUGCUAAAUUACUUUUUGCUACAACUUGUGGGUCCCCAGAGGAAAUCGCUUAGCUUGAAGGAUCCUGAAAAGUAUGAGUUCCGUCCAAAACAUUUGCUCAAACAGAUUGUCAACGUAUAUGUUCAUCUGGCAAGAGGAGAUAAGGGCAAUGUUUUCCCUGCUGCAAUCUCAAGGGAUGGUCGCUCAUAUAAUGAACAGUUGUUUAGUGCUGCAGCUGACGUUCUUAUGAGGAUAGGAGAAGAUGGAAGGAUUAUACAGGAGUUUGUUGAACUUGGUGCAAAAGCUAAAGCCGCAGCUGUUGAAGCCAUGGAUGCAGAGAAUGCUCUUGGUGAUAUACCUGAUGAAUUCUUGGACCCAAUUCAGUACACGCUGAUGAAGGACCCAGUUAUAUUGCCAUCUUCUCGAGUCAUUCUUGAUCGUCCAGUCAUCUUGAGGCAUCUACUGAGUGAUAGUACCGAUCCUUUCAAUCGUUCCCCACUUACUCCCGACAUGUUAAUUCCUGAUCAUGAGCUGAAGUCAAAAAUCGAAGAAUUUGUAAGGAGCCAUUCAACUAGGAGCCUUGAUGAUGGUAUAAACGCGACAAGCACGAAAGGAACGAUACAAACUCCAACAACCGAGAUGCAAUUGAUUGAUUAAGACACCUAGAUGAUCUAAUCUAGGUUAUACCGAAGGUUGGUAAGCAAGCUUAAAUGAUGCAAAUUGGAUAUCUUAUUGAUGUUAGUGAAGGUACUGGUGUGGUAUUUGGAGCUGUUGAAAUCCUCUUGUGGAAAAUAUAUAUUUCGAGAAAGAAAUUGUAGAUGUUUGAUUAAUGUAAAUAUGAAAUGAAAGGAGUAGGUCAUCAGAGCGCUCAAUAUUUCGUUUCUCUUCUCAAAUGGUCGAUUAUUGGGUUUUUGAAUUAAUUCAAUUGAGAUAGAAUUGGAUAGUGUUUGGGAAA